UCGAGGAGUCGAGGAGUCGAGGAGUCGAGGGGCCGGGAGUGGCAAGGGGUCCACGCGGCGGAGGGAAGCUGCGCUCCUAUAUGUAGCCCCGAAUCUUAGCCGAACCGACUACUACGCUCGAAUCUUACGUAGCGUACGCACCCUUUGCUCCUUCGUCUCCUGCCGAUCCUCUUCCUUCACGCGACUCCGUCUAUUCGUCAUUGCGGUUUUUUAAUUAUUUUCACCUGAUCGAGAGGGUAGUUACCCUGCUCCGGAAGAGCAGCGAGACCGACUCGCGACUCCUUUGAUUGGUGAUGGUGUCCCGCGAAGACCAGUGAACCGCGAGACGUGACACGCGAGUGAGCCUCAUUGGAUAUCGAGUGCUAUGACAGCUUCCUAGACUCGAAGACUCGAAGACUCGAAGAUUCUCCUCCGCGAGUUGCCCACGAUGCCACGGGCCUUCCUGAUAACGCAUCGCCGCUACAACGGCCCCGAAGAAUUCGCAGAAACCCUGCAAGAUUACAGUCCGGAAAGAGGAGUGAGACUGGCCGAGUACGGAGGCGGCCAGCCGACUUCGGACGGAGUGAGUGACUGUGGAAGCGAAACUUCCUCCGAAUGUCCCGAGGAACUUUAUAACUUGACUAAACUGGCGGAGGUCAGUCUGGCCGCAGCUGCAGGAACUCUCAUUCAUCCCGACAAUCUCCUUUGCCAGCGAUCUCUGUCGCCGACCCGACCGAACGACAGAUAUCGGAUGAGCCCCGCAGCCUCCUCGAAACAUCAGCACCACCACCACCACCACCACCACCAUCAUCAACGUCCGCACCAGUAUCAUAAUCAUGAGGAAAUCCGAUUGGAGCAUCAUGCCUACCACCGUCAUGGCUUUCAGCGUCAGGUGCACCAACACAGCCAUCACGCGUCCUCCUGUCAGCAGCAACAACAACAGCAGCGAGAUGAGCAGGAAUACGAGACUUUACGUAAACCAGGGACGAUCGAGGACGUGACUCUUCGGGAGCGAUCGCGACUCUUCUUUGAGAGAAUUGAAAGGGAGCGUGAGAUCCUCGAAGGAGUACCACGGGAUUCGGAGAAGAAACUCUCAUCCUCCGAGAAGGAGACCAAGCGUGGAUGCCCUCCUGCGAUCGCACCCUCGAAGAGCGCCUCAGCCGUUGCGCCGGCAGCCGCAAAGCCGGCCUCGGGCGCAAUUCCACGGCACGGCACGGUCCAGGCCGAAUCAAGUAAGGCUUGCGGCGAGGACAACGAAGAGCACGAGUGCCCUGACUGCGGAAAGAAGUACUCCACGUCGUCGAAUCUAGCAAGACACAGACAGACCCACAGGUCCCUGGGGGACAAGAAGGCAAGAAGAUGCCCACACUGCGACAAGGUCUACGUGAGCAUGCCAGCGUACAGCAUGCACGUCAGGACCCACAAUCAGGGAUGCAAGUGUCACUACUGCGGAAAGUGUUUCUCUCGUCCGUGGCUUCUGCAGGGUCACAUUCGCACGCACACCGGCGAGAAGCCCUUCAAGUGCACAAUCUGCAACAAGGCUUUCGCCGAUAAAUCGAAUCUUCGGGCGCAUAUUCAAACGCAUUCGAAUACGAAGCCGCACGUUUGCACUCGUUGCGGCAAGGCCUUCGCCCUGAAGUCCUACCUUUAUAAGCACGAGGAGUCUUCCUGCAUGCGAGCGCAUCAUCGAACACCCGCCGAAAAACGUGAGGCCUCUUCCGAGAGGCUGGCCUUUGCUUCAUCCGCUUCUCCAGCCUCCACCGCAACGACAUCGAGCACGGCGACAAUCACUCCUCUCUCGAUUACUCAAAGUUCCAGAUCCAUAAAUACGACGCUUGGCUCGACAACGAGAGCGCAAAUCGAUGCUGAGGUCAAUGAGAGAGAGAGAUCGGGCCCCAGUGUCAUUGUUCCGCGACGGGGUUUGUCCGAUCCCUUCGGUGACCUAAGUCGAACAGCCGAAACUUCAGGAAAAACUUUACGGCCCACCGCGUUCUCGGCCAUUAUAAAGCAUACGAAGCUCUCCCAGCAUCAAUAUCAGCAGCCUCAGCAACUGGAACAAGAAGAGGAAAAGGAUGGGCAAGAACGACAACCGACAAUGUCGAAGCGCCGCUGUCGGGAGCCAAAUACAAGAGACUCUAUUUGUUUGAAUAAAAUGGCCGAAAUCUCAAGGACGAAAGAGGCGUCGAAAAUGAUAUCAGAGGAGUCGCCGGAGCUGGAGUCAAAGCCAGAGUCUACGAAAUCGAAAUCAAAAAUUGAAGCCUCCGACUCUGAUGAGCAAUCUGAGUACGUAUCGCGAAUGGUCAUAAGGACUUCCGUGAUAUCGCCGAAUCCUGAACAUCUGGGACGCUUAAGUUCCCUCGUUGGAAAAAAUCCGACCACGUUCGAUUUGAUUGAACCCUCAAGGACUUCGAGGAUCAGCCUGAACCUCGCUAUCGGCUGAGGUCACCGAUUAUUAUUCCAAAUACCAUCCUAUUAGGGGACCAUCUAGAAUCUAAUUUGAGCCUUUUAAGUAAUGCAUCGAGGAGAAGUAAUAGAGACAAUGGCAAUGUGCAAACACACACACACAGAGAGAGAGAGAGAGAGAGAGAGAGAGAGUGAAUGUAUGAGAGUGUGAGAGAAAGUUAGAAUGCGAGUGUGUGCGGGUGUGCGGGUGUGCGUAAUGACUGAUUGCGAGUGUAACAAAGAGAACAGCGAAGAGAGGGAUCAGUCUUAUCCCUGUACUUGGACCUAUUAGGUUAAGAGAAAUAGUCCUUCUUGUAGAGACGCGCUCUUCGAGGCAGCUACGAAUGCACUUCCUUGUAAAUAUUAAGGAGUUCAGUGUUGCACGAGAGAAACAAAGGAAAUGUGUGUUCGCGAUCUUUACGUUUGAUUCCCAUAUUUCCGUAUUCCGUAAUCCGUAAUCUGUAAUUCCGUAUUUUAUAUUCCGUUACCAAAUGUAUAGUCAAGUAGCGGAAAGAGAGUGUACGAGCUAGUCGAAGUUAUUUCGUGAUCGAUCCCACCUUUAUUCGUCCAGAUUGUGAAGACUCAAAGAAACAUUGGCACUUGAUCUCUUAUCGGAUCUUUGUCGAAUCUCACAAUCAGUAAGAAACCAGUCGCUGUAGGUACUGGGAUGUAACGCAGAAGAUGAUGGUGGGGAUGUUCGUUUUAUAUAUGUAUAUAAUCAAGAUAUAUCUACAUUUUCUCUAUCCACAAAUAUAUAUAUAUAUAUAUAUAUAAUAUACAUACGUGUG